CUCGAACAGGAUGGCAGCAGAAAAUUUUAAACCCUUUCCAGGAUUUGCUACCGAUGCUAUCCAUGCUGGACAAGAACCGGAACAAUGGAAAUCCAUGGCAGUCUGUCCACCAAUUUCAAUGUCAUCGACAUUUAAACAGACUGCUCCUGCUGAACAUGCUGGGUUUGAGUACUCUAGAAGUGGUAAUCCAACCAGACAAUGUUUAGAGAAAUGUUUAGCUGCUAUAGAGGGUGGAAAACAUGGUAUCUGUACAUCAUCUGGAUUAGCUGCUACCCUAACAGUGACUCAUUUAUUAUCAGCUGGUGAUCAUAUUAUUAGUAUUGAUGAUGUUUACGGAGGAACUAACAGAUAUUUCAGUCAAUGUGCCUCUAAAUUUGGUUUAGAAAUAUCAUUUAUUGACUGUACUGUGGUAGAAAAUGUACAAAAUGCUUUGAAAGACAACACUAAGUUAGUCUGGAUGGAAACACCAACUAAUCCUACAAUGAAGAUAGUUGAUAUUGCUGCUAUUUCUAAAGUUGUUAAAGCUAAAAAUCCUGAAAUCAUUGUAGUGGUAGAUAAUACUUUCAUGUCUUCAUAUUUCCAGAGACCCCUAUCAUUAGGUGCUGAUAUUUCCAUGCACUCUCUUACAAAAUAUAUGAAUGGUCAUAGUGAUGUUGUUAUGGGUGCUUUGAUUCUAAAUUGUGAUAAACUCAAUGAUAAACUCAGAUUUCUACAAAAUGCAUUAGGUCCAGUUCCUUCACCGUUUGAUUGUUUUCUUGUUAACAGAGGUUUAAAAACUCUUCAUGUUAGAAUGAAGGAACAUAUGGCCAAUGGUUUUGCUGUUGCCAAAUUUCUCUCUGAAAGCUCUCGAGUUGAGAAAGUCAUUCACCCAGGGCUCCCCUCCCAUCCUCAAUAUGAAAUUGGUAAAAAACAAAUGAGAGGCUAUAGUGGAAUGGUGACAUUCUUUAUAAAAGGUGGUAUGAAAGAAUCUAGAGCUUUCCUCAAGGCUGUCAAGGUUUUCACAUUAGCUGAAAGUUUAGGUGGAUUUGAGAGUUUGUGUGAACUUCCAUCUGUUCAGACCCAUGCAUCUGUACCAGCUGAUCAACGAGAAAAACUUGGUAUAACAGAUAAUUUAAUCCGAUUAUCAGUGGGUAUUGAAGAUGUUGAUGAUUUAAUUCAAGAUAUUGACCAAGCAUUAAAAGCAGCUAUUCCAUAAAUUCCUGAAAAACCACCAAAUUAAAGCCAUUAUUCUGUACGGGAUCAAUCGAAAUAAUAUAUACAUUUUUAAUUUUCACAUAAAUUCUCCACAUUAUUAACUUAAGAAUACAACCGGUUUCUCAAAUUUUGUUUUUGUUUUCAGUGCUUUUUAUUUAGAUUUUAUGUUUUGAAUUCAUUUUUGGUGUAAUAUUUUGAUUAAUAAAAUAAUAUUGAUAUAUGAUGUGUAUAUAUGAUGAAGAUUCCUGUAUUAAUUUGACUUUGACCACAAUUCAUUAGUUGAUUAAAAGCGUCCAGUUAACCG